AUGGCUAUCCCAUGCAUAAUAUUGAGCCGUACUAUCCCCUUGAGAAGCAUCUCACCGCUUUGCAUUACCACCAGGACAAUGUCUACCCAUCCAAACAGGAGUCAGAUGGACCAGCACCUCUAUAUUUCUACCAUUGACGCUGAGCCACUUCAUCGCUAUCGACAAGGCGGUUACCACCCAGUCACUUUGGGGAAAUGCCUGAAAGCUGGAAGGUAUAAGGUGUUACAUAAACUAGGGUGGGGAGGCUACUCGACAGUUUGGGCGGCGAGAGAUCAAAGGUUGUACAAGCUGACGUACGUUGCUGUCAAGAUUUCUCUUGCAGAAACUGAAUAUAAUGGGGACACGCGAGAGCUCCAAACUUUGAAAGUGCUUGCAUCUCAUCACCCUUGUCCGAAACAUACGGUACACAUGCUCGAUGACUUCGAUCUUAAGGGCCCAAAUGGAUCUCAUAAAUGCCUAGUUUAUGAGCUUCUAGGUCCUAACGUUCCAGAUAUAAUUGAUGCCAAUUUUCCAGAUGGAAGACUUCCUGGCAAGCUCGCCAAAAUCAUUGCAAAGCAAUGUUUGAUCGGACUCGAUAGUUUGCACCAACGAAAGAUUGGGCAUGGAGGUAAAUCCCUUUCUUGGAAAUACUUUGGACAGUGCUCACCUGGUAUAGAUCUGCACACGCGCAAUUUGGCCUUCGCUAUGCCUUCCAUGGACGGUUUAACGGAAGAAAGGUUUAUUGAGAUGCUAGGAAAACCAGAAGUUGGCUAUGUCCAAAAGCGCGAUGGGAAAUGCCUGGAAGCCGGCGUGCCUGAAUAUGUUGUGAAACCUGCCUCAUACGAAAAUCACUCUUGGAACCUGGCUCUGGAUGUCAAAAUAAUCGACUUCGGAGAGUCAUUCUUGCACACUGCUCCCCCUGAAACACUACAUACACCUUUAUCUCUUCGGGCACCGGAAGUUAUAUUUCAAGAUCACAUUGAUUAUCGUGUUGAUUUGUGGAGCAUGGGUUGCAUGCUCUUUGAACUGUUCGUGGGCCAGCCACCUUUCGACACAUUCUUAAUAACGCCCACAAUCCUUGUUGGCCAAAUGCGAGAGAUGGCAACUGACAAACUACCUGAAAGGUGGCAAGACAAAUGGAAUACGAUGAACACAGGGGACGUCACGGCCACGGAAAGCACCGGGCCCAACUUGCAGGAAUGGCUGGAAGAAGUAUACUUUGAUGGCCCGCUGAGUCCCGAUCUCACACGAGAGGACAUAGUGAGGCUGGGACAGAUCGUUGGAAGAUUAUUGCAUUUUGAGCCGUCUGCAAGAGCGUCAGCGAGACAAGUUCUUGAUGACCCUUGGUUUAAUGAGUGA